AUGGCUGAAGACCGGAUUCUCAAUCAACACAUCAAUGGGGUCUCCACUCAAAACGGCUCGCAAGCCUUCGUGGGGUCGGCGCAAAAUGUAUAUUUUGCUGACCGCAAAUCUCCACAGGAAUCGCAGGAGAGAGCGGCUUUGCAGUGUCGCGACGCUCUCUUCGUAACCGAUCCCCACGUCGACCGUGAGAGUCUGAUCACCGCCAAAGGCACUAGAGUUCCAAGCACAUGCGAGUGGAUUAGAAACGAUGUGAAAUAUCGCGCCUGGCUAAACGGCGGUAGUCAUGGCGAUAGCGGUAGCACCAACGACAUACGCCUGCUGUGGAUCUCAGGUGGGCCUGGCAAGGGCAAAACUAUGCUCUCCAUCUUCCUUACUGAGGAGCUUGAGAAGCAUGCAGCGCACCAAGAAAACACUGAUCUCAUAUUUUUUUUCUGCAGUGCGCAGAACGAGAAACACAACACAGCUCUCGCUGUCCUACGUGGGCUACUGCAUCAAAUUCUUACUAAGCGCCCGCAGUUAUCUAAGCAUGCGCUGCGUCAUUUUGAGCCGCCCGAACGGAAACAACAAACCUUGUCAUCUCUGGAAGCAUUAUGGAUCAUUUUCGUCGAAGUAAUCACAGAUGUUGACUUUGGAACGGUGUUCUGCGUGCUCGAUGGGCUCGACGAGUGUGAGGAGAGCAUACGGAAAGGACUAGUAUCGCGACUUGUAACCCUGCUGAAUGGACAAAACUCCUCAACUCAAAACAUGUUUAAGCUCGCGAUAAUCAGCCGGGAAAUGCCUGGACUUAAAAACUGUCCGAGGGUGAGGCUAGACCCCGAUAAUGACGAGAGGGUGAGCAGCGAUAUUGAACUGUUCAUAUCUGCACGGAUGAGCGAUCUUUCAGAGAUUGAAGGUUUCAACGGCGAAUUGCAAGCGUCUGUUCAGAAAGAGCUACUAGAUCGGGCCGAGGGUACUUUCCUCUGGCCGUAUGCUGCUUCAGAUACCAGAGGAACAGAGAGAAACCAGCUGUAA